AAGGAUCUUGCCAGGUCCUUGGAGAGCUUCUCGAAAGCGUAGUGGCUCAGCCCCUGGUCAGCAAGCAGCUGAGAGACUAUUCAUGACCCAUGGCCAGGCAGCUCAGAGACCUGAUAUCAACAGGAUUUCAGAAUGCAUCGCACUCAAGCUUUUGAAGGAAUUCAGGGAAGCCAGAAACAGACCUAAAGACAAUAAGGGCAAAACCUUUCCAAUUACACAGGCAAUUGUGAUGAUGUAUUGUCACAUCAAGCAGCUGCUUGAAGACUGCCGAGAGCUGCUCGACAAGACCAACCUGGUGCUAGUUACAAUCAACAACACUACAGUGUCAUCUUGGCUUCUUGACCGACAGAAACGAACUGAUCGGGACACCUUACUGCAAGGAGUGGAGCUUCCCCAGCAAAUUGGUAUAGCGAAGGAGCCACUGCCAAAGCCAAGGGAGCUCCCAUCUGGACCUGUUGAACAUGGACAUGUUCCCAUUGAGUUCAAGGAGCCUGAGAAUCGGGAGGGUGAGGCAGUCAUUCGUCAACGUAAAUAUGCACGAAGUGGAACUGCAGUGUCUUCAAAUGCACUCACAGGCACUGGGCUAGGAGACACAUCUCCAUAUGACACAGACUAUUCUCCUGCUGCACAGAAUAAUUUCUUCUGUCCUGAGGCACAGGACUUUCCUGGGUGGAAUACCUGGUCUGAGUGUUCUGAUUGGUCUUUUUCACCCGGGUAUCCGUCAUCAGCUCCACCCCCACCUCAUGGUUGGUCUUCCGUUGCACCCAUCCAUUAUCAGCUCCACCCCCACCUCAUGGUUGGUCUUCCGUUGCACCUGGGCAUCCAUCAUCAGCUCCACCCCCACCUCAUGGUUGGUCUUCCGUUGCACCCGGGCAUCCAUCAUCAGCUCCACCCCCACCUCAUGGUUGGUCUUCCGUUGCACCCGGGUAUCCGUUACAGCUCCACCCCCACCUCAUGGUUGGUCUUCCGUUGUACCCGGGUAUCCAUCAUCAGCUCCACCCUCACCUCAUGGUUGGUCUUCCGUUGUACCCGGGUAUCCAUCAUCAGAUCCACCCCCACCUCAUGGGUGGUCUUCCCUUCCACCCGGGUAUCCAUCAUCGGCUCCACCCCCACCUCAUGGUUGGUCUUCCCUUCCCCCUGGUCAACAGCCAUUAGCUCUGCCACCACCUGA